UGGCACUCGAGGUAUGUGUGUGUGUGCGCAGGGCAGCAGGUAUUGAGGUUGUGUGUAGGCCGCGUUUGUAGGAGAGACGAUUUGGGUGGGAGAUUUGUAUGAGGGAGAAGAGAGGGAAAUUUGUAUGGGGGGGAGCGUUGGCCUACUGCCUUUUUACUGCGGGUGGGUGAUUGUGUGUGUGAGUUGCCAGACUUUAAGACUGCCCCAAUUUCUAAGGGAGGGUGCAAAGGGGGAGGGGGGGGGUCUGCACCAAAAAGCGGGCAAGCGGGCGACAGACACACUCAGACUCGCAACACACACACAACAACACACGCGCACACACAGUGGCCGGCUGAUUCUAGUUGCCAGCUGCUGGGGGGGAGAAGGGGGGGGUGUGUGAGGGGGGGCGGAAGAGGAGGUAGGCAUGUAGAGGCAGGUAAU